GUAAGGUUUGAAUGUAUGCAUAUAUCUCAGCUAUACGUUAUGAAGGAUAUGCCCCAGCCUACCUCCGAACUUGACAGAAUUACCCUCUCAAAGCCUUCUACCUGUGUGCAUUUGUUGUCCCUCUGUGGCGGCUUUCUUACCUCAGUAAGCUCAGCCGGCCUUCACGUCCGGUCCUUCAGUCGUGUUCAAGGCUAAAGGAGUGCGUUACUAGGUAGCUUCCAU